UUCCAUUUUCUCCAUUUUUUGUGUUAUCACGCGCUCUUGUUUGAACAGAAAGGCUUUACAUAGAUUUGUUCACUAUUGGAGUUCUGCAGCCUAGCUCUCCUGUCGACCUGUAAUAGCCGAAGAUAAUGGAUUUCGAUUUCUUCGAGAUAUCGUUGGCGAUUGUUGCGGUAAUUGUGACAUGGACUCAAGUAAAGCGUCGGAUAAGUUACACGGUUGGAAAGUCGCAGGAUAAUCAAGUUGUGGUUGACAUGGAGGCCUCUGCAUCUCUUCCUUCUUCAUCGUCAGCAGUACUUGAAUGCAAGUAUGAUGUGUUUUUGAGUUUCAGGGGUCCUGACACUCGCAAAGGCAUUACAGCCCAAAUACGCGAUCGACUUCGUAGAAGUGGCAUUAUAACGUUCAUGGAUGAACCAGAUCUUAGAGUAGGGGUUACCAUUUCGCCCACUCUCAUAAAGGCAAUUAAAGAGUCGAGGUUUGCAAUCGUAAUUCUCUCACAAAAUUAUGCUUCUUCUAUUUGGUGUUUGGAGGAACUUGGAGAGAUUUGUCUGUCCAAGGAAGACAACAGAAUUUUGCCACUUUUUUUUGAAGUUGAUCCUACUGAUGUUCGACAUCAGAAGAAGAGUUUCGAAGAAGCUUUCUCUAAGCAUGAAACCUCUGGCCGACAUGAAUCAGACAAGUUGAAUCAAUGGAGGGCUGCCUUAAGCAGAAUGGCCAAGAUCUCAGGGUGGAACACAAGUGAUUAUAAGACUCACGAAGAACUUGUUGACAACAUUGUGGAAUCUCUCCGCAGUAAAGUACCAGCUGAUGCAAUUGAAUUCACAAAUGAUUUCCAAGCAUUUGGAGCAACAAAAGAAGCGACAAACAAGGUUAUGAAGGCGCUAACAGAUGACAAGAUUACUGCCGUUGGUGUCUAUGGAAUGGGCGGCGUUGGAAAGACAAGCAUGGUGAGACAUGUGGCUGCACAAGCCUGCAGAAAUGGUACUUUUAACCAUUGGAUUAUUGCUGUCGUAUCCCAAAACCUUGACUUGAAAAUAGUUCAAGGUACAUUGGCAGAUUCGUUGGGCUUUAAAUUCGUGGAGGAGACACAAGCUGGAAGAGCUGAUAGGUUGCAUAAGGAGAUAAUGGGAAAAGAAAAGCUCCUUAUAAUCUUGGACGAUGUAUGGGAGAGAACCGAGUUGUCAAAGAUAGGGAUUCCCACCUACAAUGAGCUUGAAAAGUGCAAGUCCAAAGUGCUACUCACCACCAGGAGAUUGAAUGUCUGUAAUGCCAUGAAGUGCCAUGAAAAGAUCAGCCUCAAAGUUCUCUCAGAACAAGAUUCUUGGACCUUGUUCGUGAGAAAUGCAGGAACAAUUUCUUUUGAGCCUACCUCAUUUGAGAAAGUGGCAAGGAGGGUAGCUUUAGAGUGUAAGGGUCUACCGAUUGCAUUGAUAGCUGUUGCAAGGGCACUCAGAGAUGAGGACCAGGAGGAAUGGGAGAAGGCAGCUGAACGACUAGAGCAGUCGCAAUAUGUCAAUCCCAACCAUGAGAAAGAUGAGGAUAAUGCUUUCAGAUGUAUACGAUUAAGCUAUGAUUACUUGAAAAAUGAAGACCACAAGUCAUGCUUCUUGCUCUGUUGCCUGUUCCCAGAAGACCAUAACAUCAAAAUAAAAGACUUGUUCCGGUACGCGAUCGGAAAAAGAUUGUUUCGAGAUGCCCAAACAAUGGAAGUAGCCAGAGGAAAAUUAGUUACAGUGGUCAAGUACCUGAAAGGUUCUAGCUUGCUUUUGGAUAGUGAGGAAGAAGGAUGUGUAAAGAUGCAUGAUGUCAUCCGGGAUACAGCCAUUCAAAUUGCCGAAUCUGAAGAUUGCCAUUGGUUUUUUGUGAAAGCUGGCUGUGGUUUAAAGGGUUGGCCGCCACGCGGAUUACAUGAAGGCUGCACUGCUAUUUCACUAAUGAGGAACGAAAUUCGGAAGCUACCCGAAGAAGAGUUAGUAUGUCCAAAUCUCCUGAUUUUAUUACUAAACGGGAAUGCUGAACUAAGUGAGAUCCCCGAAAAGUUGAUCCAGAAUCUGAAAGAGUUAAGGGUCUUGGAUCUUAGCAACACUAGUAUUUCCGUAUUACCCCAAUCAUUUAGUCUUCUCACCAACCUCCAAGCUUUGUAUUUAGAUGAUUGCGGCGAAUUAAUUGACAUUUCCGUUGUGGGGAAACUUAACAAGCUUGAAAUUCUUAGUAUGAGACCCAUCUGGAAGUAUGAUGUGUUUUUGAGUUUCAGGGGUACUGACACUCGCAAAGGGAUUGCAAACGACAUCUGCAAUCGACUUAGUAGAAGUGGCAUUAAAACGUUCAUGGAUGAGCAAGGACUUCAAGUAGGGGAUGUUAUUUCUCCCACUCUCAUAUGGGCAAUUAAAAAGGCAAGGUUUGCAAUCGUAAUUUUCUCACAAAAUUACGCUUCUUCUGCUUGGUGUUUGGAUGAACUUCGAGAGAUUUGUCUAUCCAUAGAAGACGGCAAAAUUUUGCCACUUUUUUUAUCAAGUUAAUCCUAGUGAUGUUCAAUAUCACGGGAACAAUUUCAAAGAAGCUUUCUCUAAGCAUGAAACCUCUGGCCGACAUGAAUCAGACAAGUUGAAUCAAUGGAGGGCUGCCUUAUGCAAAGUGACCAAUAUCUCUGGGUGGAAUACAAAUGAUUUCAAUACUCACAGUGAACUUGUUGACAAGAUUGUGGAAUCUCUCCGCAGUAAAGUACCACAUGAUCCAAUUGAAUCCACAGUAGAUUUCCAAGCAUAUGAAGCAACAAAAGAAGCCAUGCGCAAGGUUAUGGAGGCGCUAACAGAUGACAAGAUUACUGCCGUUGGUGUCCACGGCACAGGCAGCGUUGGGAAGACAAGCAUGUUGAGACAUGUAGCUACACAAGCAUGCAGAAAUGGUAAUUUUAACAAUUGGAUUAUGGUUGUCGUAUCCCAAGACCUUGACUUGAAAAAAAUUGAAGGUACAUUUUCAAAUAAGUUGCUCUUCAAAUUUGCGAAGAAGACAGAAGAUGUAAGAGCUGAUAGGUUACAUGAGGAGAUAAUGAGAACAGAAAAGCUCCUUAUAAUCUUGGACGAUGUAUGGGAUAAAAUACAGUUGUCAAAGAUAGGGAUCCCUAACUACGAAGAGCUUCAAAAAUGCAAUUCCAAAGUCCUACUCACCACAAGGAGAUUGAGUGUCUGUAAUGCUAUGGAGUGCCAUGAAAAAAUCGCCCUCAACAUUCUAUCAAAAGAAGAUUCUUGGGCCUUGUUUGUGAGAAAUAUAGGAACAAUUUCUUUUGAGUCCACCUUGUUUAAGGAAGUGGCAUGGAGGGUAGCUGGAGAGUGGAAGGGUCUACCGAUUGCAUUGUAAGAGUCUUAAGAUUUUGACCAUUUACCAUUGCGAGCUGCUGCAAAGUCUGUUCGCAUCUAAUGUAGCCCAAUGUCUUGUUCAAUUGGAAGACCUUCUUGUAGAGAGGUGUCCUUUGUUGGAAAGAGUAAUGGAAGCAGUGAAGAAGGAGAAGACGGUUCUACAAAAACUGAAGAACUUGGUUUUGAAGGAUCUCCCUAUGUUGUAUGGUACAAUUGCUGCCAUUGAUAUUGAGUGUCCUUCAUUGGAACACUUGAUGGUGGUGGAUUGCCCCAAGCUUUUAUUUUCAACCUCUUCCGAUCUCUUCGAAGCCUUCAAAAGCAGGAACCAAUUUUCAUUUUCAGCCUCCACUUCUGACCCAGUCCAACUCUAUGAUCCACAACAACACCGAACUCUACGUGACAGAUCAACAUCUGGCUUCUGACUUCCAUUGCAGGAAGUAACCAAGUUCAACUCUAUUUCUUUGUCCAGGGUUGGUCAACUAGGUGAGGCUGCGAAUCCAAUUGAGAAGCUUUGCUGGAUUGUGACUACCAAAACAGCCAAAGAGAUUGUAACAGUCAUUCUUGGAACCUUGGAGAGUGUAGAGAUCAGUUGAUAUGCUCGACCAUGCUGUAAUUUAAUUCUUGCCACUAGUAUUUGUAAAAAAAAAAAAAUAAUUAAAAGUUUAAAAAAAAAUUUAAACUAAAGAAAUAAGUACCGGUACUGAUAAACUCUAUGUAUUACCUUACAUGGUUUGGUUCUUGUGCUUCCUUAUUAAUACACAUGCAUUAUUCAUAUAAGUUUU